AUGAGUAUUCUGGUGAUGAUGCUAAAAGGUGGUACAUCAACCAUUUUUGGCAAUGGUCAUAUUAUUAGUAACAUUACAACAUGGUGUGAACCACAACCAUCACAACCAUCGUCUUCAUCUAAUGAUUGUGUCAAUCGCCAAGUUCCUGACUAUCCAUAUGAAAAUGAAGGGCAUCCAAAAAAAACUCCACUGUAUCCAAAAGAACCGCUAAUUCAAACAGAAGAGGAAGGUGACAAGUUUCCUUUAUGUGAAAAUUAG